AUGCAGUCAAUGGCAAGGGCCAUUUGUCGUCACCAACCGCCGGGGGAACGUGUAUACCAUUUUAGAUGGUCGGGAUCGAAAGUAGUGAAUGGGACACAGCUUCGCAAGUGGCAUGAUACACCCGAAGUGUGGCCGAGAAGACCCGCUGCCGAAGCCGGCUCAAAGGAGCACGUGCCGGGGAAGGAGAACCAACCAGCUGAUUGGCUAUCAAGGCCAGAAGCUGAAGAUGAGGUCCUCAAGAUCAUGAUUGGAGCCAAUGGCCAGGUCGUCGAACUGGGUCCCGGAAAGUUGGUGCAAAUCCAACGACAGGAUCCGGUGUUACAAAAGGUUGCAGCCGCCUUGUUGGAU